UAAAUACCGUAGGACUACCACCACCUACGUAGGCAGUGGUAGUAGUGAGUGUGGUAAAUCAAAAUGGCCUCGUACAACCCCAACUCUCCAGUCCACGGCAACCCCUUCCUCGACAUUCCCUCAGACACAGACAGCAAUCCCUUCCGCUGGGUCCAUGAGGAUGUCCUCUCCGUCUUCCGGCUGUCCCGGCUAGUCCCAUUGAUUCUUCUCCCAUUACACCCCUUCAGGUCCGGCUCUGCGGACGAGCUCUACCCCUCCCUCCCCAAUCUGCGAGACCUGGCUCUGCAUACCAUUCUAGUCAUCAGCCAGGUCUGCCUCCUCAUAUCUCUCCCAAUCGCAUUCAUCACCUUUUGGGCCGUCCCGUUUAUAGUGCACGCGGUGUUCUAUGCGGCCUUUGCGCUCGUGACUGCGGUCCUGGUGAGGCUGUUGAAUGGGCCACCAAGUGGACGCUCCCUUAUUGGGGUUCCAACAUCAAGACAGCCUGUUAACGAUGAGAGAGAGCUAUGGUUUUUUAUUAAUGGGAUUGCAACGGGAACUCACUGGCAUCAACAAAACCUCAACCUCUUAGCAGAAACAUUCGGGAGGGAAAUCGUCGGCAUCCAUAACCCAACCAAAGGCCUCAUCCUCGACCUAAUAGAAUGCCUCAUCCAGCGCGACCUCGACUACAAAACCGCAGAUAUCCGACAAGGGCGCGCGCAGCUGCGCGCAGCGCUCGCGGCGCCAUCAACACGAAAAGUCGUGCUGAUCGCACACUCGCAGGGCGGCAUAAUCGCGGCCUCAAUCUUGGAUUGGCUUUUUGGCGAGUUGGGGCAUAAAGAGUUACGGAAAUUGGAGGUUUACACGUUUGCAAGUGCGGGAAGAGCGUUGCGGAAUCCGCCUUUGAGGGAUUUAGGGGAUGUUGGCGGUGGUGGUGGUGGGCACCAUGAGCACGAGCAUGAACUUGGGCAUGGACAUGAGAGUGAGCCUGAGCAUGACCAUGAGUACGAGCAUGGACACGAUAAUCCCGGACCAGGGGCAAUGCCAGGACGCAGACGCGGACAAGGUCCAGGCCGAGUUGGCAGGGUUCUUCGACACGUAGAGCACUACGCGAACACCAAAGACUUUGUAUCGAAUAUCGGGGUGUUGAGGUUCACGAGUCCCACAGCGGCGUACUCGAACGGGAGUCUGUUCUCGGGGUCUGUGUUUGUAAGGGAGGGGUCGGGACACUUGCUUAAUAUGCAUUACCUGGAUACGAUGUUUGGAGAGGACGGCGGGUUUAUGGAUCGCAUGGUUGAUUUGCCCGUGAAGGGGCUGGAUGGGGUGGAGAGGAUCAUGCAGAGGCCGCUGGGCGAUUUGUCGAGGCUGUGGAAGUAUCGAGAUGGGGACAGUCCCGACGAGGAUGAGGUUGCGGUUGAUGUGAAGGAUAUUGAGUGAGUAUUCUGGUUUAGGAACUGAGGCCAAAAAAAGGUGUGCCUUGAUAAUAUCGUGUUUGGACUACAAAAGUUGCAAUCAAAUCCAAUUCAUGAUUCACAAACGCUGCAAAAUACAUAUACAA